AUGAACCAGCCAGAGCCUCCCCGGCGGGCACCCACCAGCCGCUCGCCCACCUUCUUCAGCCACACCGACAUCCAGGCCCAGCUGCAGAACCUGCUGCUCUCGAGCUCGUCGCUCGCCAACUCGCUCUCGAUCGACAACGAGCAUCUCGACCAGCUCGCAGCCAUCAUCCGCAACAUCCAUCUCUCCAAGCAGCAGGACGCCUUCCUCAACCAUCUCAACAAGUUCAUCAUCCAGAAGGAGGCCGAGAUCGAGGCCGUCUCCCGCGGGCACUACCAAGACUUCCUCGGCUCAGUCGACAAGCUGCUCAGCGUCAGACAGGGCACCCUCGCACUCCGGUCACACGUCGUCUCGCUCGAUGCCUCCCUCCAGACAGCAGGCACCAGUCUGGCCGCCGGCCGCUCCUCGCUGCUCGACGCCCGCAAGGUCGCAACCAACAUCCAGGAGACCAUCGAGACCCUGCAAGCCUGUCUCAAGGUGCUCGACCUCUCCAAGAAGCUGAGCCAGCAGAUCUCCCAGCGCAAGUUCUACUCCGCCCUCCGCUCGCUCGACGAGCUCCAGUUCGUCCAUCUCAAGCCGCUCCUCGGCUUGGCCGCCUUCGCCGGCUACCUCGGCGAGGCCCUGCCCAACGAAAAGUCCAGGAUCAGGGAGGAGGUCACCAAGCAGCUCAACUCCUGGCUCUACGACGCCCGCCAGCAGAGCCAGCAGCUCGGCCGGCUCGCCCUCGAGGCUCUCGAACUCAGAGAGCGGCGCUGGAAGGCCCGCAAGGAUCGUCUGAACUCACAGGAUACCGCCUCCAUGGCCCUGCUCGCCCAUCUCAACACCCCCGUCGAGACCGCCGUCAGCGAGCGUCACGAUUAUCACGUGUUGGAUUCAGCCGACGGAAGCUUGAUCGACUUCGGGCCGCUCUAUCUGGCGAUCCACAUCCACGAGACCUUGGAUGCAAGGGAGGAGCUCCAGAAAUCGUUCCGCGACGACCGGCGGGCCCAGGCGCACCUGAUCAUCGCCUCCAGCGGCGGCGGGUCGGCUGCAUUCACGCUCGACUCGCUCGGCGCCUUGAUCGAACAGAUCGUCGGCUUCUUCAUCAUCGAGGCCCAGAUCCUCAGGACCACCAAGGCCUUCAGAGACGAGAACGAUGUCGACUCCCUCUGGGAGGAACUCUCGGACCGCGUCGUUCGCAUCGUCCGUCUCGGACUCACCGACUCCACCGAUCUGGACUUGCUCUUGGGUGUCAAGACCAAACUGCUCUUGUUCUCUCAAACCUUGGAGUCGUACAACUAUACAGUCACCCAAUUCCACGAGCUGCUCAACUCACUAUCGACGGAAUAUAUCGGGCUGCUCUUCAAGAAGUUCGCGGUCGAGUUCGAGCAGUUCAUCCAAGAAGACGACCACCAACCGAUGCUGGUCCAUAACUCGGACGAGUUCUCGAAGGUCGUCGAAGUGAGCUUCUUGCCCAGCCACGGCAUCUGGACGAAAGCUGAACUGGCCAACCAGCCGUUCCCCGCCGCCCUGCCCUUCUCUCAAGCUUAUCCCCUAUGUUGCAUCCACGUUCGAAACUACGUCUCAAAGCAUCAUGCCUACUGCGAGUCGAUCACCCGAGACGCUGACGACUCGAUUCGAAAAUCGCUGGAUUCUCUGCUGAUCUCUCAUGUUGGCUUACACAUGUUCCAACAAAUCAACCAUACCAAAAAUCUGUCGCAGCUGGCACAGAUCGUCGUCAAUACCUUAUUCUUCCUGACUGCCUGUGAAGGAUUGGAGGCGAUCUUGGUCCAACACAGAGUCAGUGCCCGGUUUAUCUCGCCGGAGCUGGAGGCCAAAGCGAUGUUCAAGAAGAUAUUGAAGAUGGGCGAGCAGAAGAUAUUGGGAGAGAUCCAGGAGAAGAUCCAGGACUUCUUCGAGCUGUCGGAGUACGACUGGCGACGCAAGACGACGAUCGAGCCGGGCGAGCAGACCGACGAGGCUGGAGGACGGGUGAAUGAGCAGGAGAUCAGCGUCUAUCUGAAGGAGUGUCUCAGCUUCAUCGAUACCCUUAUCGACAACGUCCUUGUGCUCACGCCUGUCGAGUUCAAUGAGAACAUCUUCUUCGGUGCCUGGAGGUCCAUAGGCCAACGAUUAAAGUCGUUCCUGAUCGAUCGAGAGCCCGCCGCAAUCUCUGAUGGCGGCCUGUCCGUCCUGAAGAACGACAUCCACUUCGCCUGUCUCCGGCUGCGCAAGUCCCCCUUCUCCUCCCCCGUCUCCGGCGCCUCUUCAUCCUCCCCGAUCUCGCUCGAAGUACACAAGUUCUUCAAAGAGUUGACUCAAACCGUUAAUUUACUCGGAAGCCCCGACGUCGGCAAGUUCCUCGACCUCGAUUAUCGCGCGAUGAAGUACGACUUGGUCCCGCCCGAAACAUUGCCGUUGAUGCUGCUCAAACUGUUGACGUGUAUGAACUCUGUCGGCUCGAACGUCGACCCAAUAAGGAAAUCAUCCGUCCAAGAGGUUCUGAAAGCCCUUUCUCCUUAG